UCUGGAAUUUAUUUUGGUAUAAUGUGUAAAGUGUGGUUCCAAUUUUAUUUUUCUUCCAGAUGGUUACCCAGUUGUUCUAACACUAUUCACUGAAUUCAUCAUUUCUCCACUGAUGUGAAAUGCCACCUUCAUGACAUUCAGAGUUUUUUUAUGAUAUGAAAGACUAAUUUUUUUUUGUUCCGAUUUGAGUGGAAAGUCUUCAUGUGCACUUUUUAACUGUUCCAGAGUUUGUUGUUGUUUUAAAUAUUUUAAAAGUUGUCUCUAACCAUCAAUAUGAUACCCAAAUAAGAUUUUUCUCCUCCUUUCAUGAAUUUGUCAUUACCCAGCUCAUUUUAGUUUUUUUAAGUGUACUGCACACAACCUUCAAAUAUUAUGAACAUUUCUCUCUCCCAGCUGUCACUACACCAAACUACAUAUGUUAUAUUUCCCUAAAUCAUCUUGCUGUGCUCUUUGCAGCUCUUCUGUAGACUGUUGAUGUCUUCACCUAACGAGUUGCUCAAAAGUUCCCAUAAUUAUUUAGGUGAGGCCUCAGAGUGAAAGCCUUUCACCACUAUCCAGUUCCUCCCCCAAAUGGGCAUUCAUCUGCAUGUAACAAGCACGGCUAUGUUUGGGGGAAAAUAACAGAUUUGGAAGCACAAUGGCAGUUAUUUGUUGGCUCUUAAAACAAUCCACCUGUUUGGGGGGGGGCGUCCUACACAAAAUGCCAACUGCUAUUGUGGGAAUGUUUUGCUAUUUAUUCCAGCAAAAUGAUUCAGACAGAAAAAACAAAAAGGAUCGCCCUGUACUAGGUCUUGAACCCAAAGAACUGUUUGCACAGAGAUUCAUCCAAGAUACAUCACAGCCUCCACCUCGGCAGCUGCUCUCUCAAAUGUUUCCUGACUCUCCCCAAGUCAGUCUCCGCGUGAGGGGAGGAGGACGCUGCCAGCGAUGGCGCUGCUGGCACGAAGGCUGGCCUGCGACUUCUAUUUAAAAGCUGAACCAAAAUAUACUUGGCGUCUGUGGUCUAUUUAAAACUUCAAGUUAAGACAGAGAAAAAAUUACUCUCCAUCCUGAAUGGGCCUUGGGUGUCUCAAUCACAGACAAGAGUGGCAAAUGGUGAGAGUCAGAAAGUGGGAAAUUAGGAACGCUGAGGGAGCACGGCCAAACUCUGAACAGCAUGAAAACCUGGAGGUGAAAAGAGAAGCCAUGGGCAGCGGGGGCGGGGGGAAGAGGGCCCGGGUUCGACCUUCUAACCCAAGGCUCCAUCUGCGACCCUCGCGACCAAGACCUAUCGCCAAAGUCAGCCACCUCUGCUCAUCGCCCCUCCCCCGACUCAAGGCUUCCUCCUCAGAACCCUCGCCUCAGGGUCUUCUCCCGGACUUUAGCGAGGUGCUCAGCUCGAGGGACGCCCCAGCUCAACUGGCUCCCUUCAAGGCCCCGCUCUUCAGCGCGCUGCCUCCACAGCGCCCCUCCCUUCCUCCGUCACCCCAGCUCGCCACCCGCUGGAGGCUCCUCUUCGUUUCCCGCCCCUCAGCCCUCGCCCCGCCCCCUCGCCCUGAGCCCCCUCCAGGCCACGCCCUCUGGUCCGCCCAACUGUGAGCCGCUCGUCCCCCGCCCUUCGGUCUUCGCCCCGCCCCCAUUGCGCCCCAACCCGUGUCGCCCACCGUGGGCCUGCUCGCUCCCCGCCCUUCCACCCUCACCCUGCGCCCCGCCCGGCCCCUUGGUCCUCGCCCCGCCCUCCUCGUUUGGCGCCAAACCCUGUGAUCAACGGCGCGCGGGUCUCCAGGCUCCGUGUUCUGGGCCCGAGUUAGAAUCCUGUCAGCUGAGGAGGUCGGGCGGGGCAGACGGGCUUCACCUUGAAAAUCUCGGGGAGACUGUGGGUACGAGGGGGAAGUGAUUAUUUUUCUGUUGCUCACUUUUCAAUAUGAAGGAGGAUCAAGUUGUGGCGGAAGAACCAGGAUUCCAAGAUGAAGAGGAAUCUUUGUUUCAAGAUAUUGACCUGUUACAGAAACAUGGAAUUAACGUGGCUGACAUUAAGAAACUGAAAUCAGUAGGAAUCUGUACCAUCAAAGGUAUACAGAUGACAACAAGAAGAGCUCUAUGCAAUGUCAAAGGACUCUCAGAAGCCAAAGUAGACAAGAUUAAAGAGGCAGCGAACAAACUAAUUGAACCAGGAUUCUUGACUGCAUUUGAGUAUAGUGAAAAGAGGAAAAUGGUUUUCCAUAUCACCACCGGGAGCCAGGAAUUUGAUAAGUUGCUAGGAGGUGGAAUUGAAAGUAUGGCAAUUACAGAAGCUUUUGGAGAAUUUCGUACUGGAAAAACCCAGCUCUCUCAUACUCUCUGUGGUGAACAUCAGAUGGAGCUACUUGAUUAUGUAGCAGCAAAGUUCCAUGAAGAAGCUGGCAUCUUCAAGCUAUUGAUUAUCGAUUCAAUCAUGGCACUUUUUCGAGUGGAUUUCAGUGGCCGUGGGGAGUUGGCCGAACGGCAGCAAAAAUUGGCCCAGAUGUUGUCACGACUCCAAAAAAUCUCAGAAGAAUAUAACGUGGCUGUUUUUGUGACCAAUCAAAUGACUGCCGAUCCAGGAGCAACUAUGACCUUUCAGGCAGAUCCCAAAAAACCCAUUGGGGGACACAUUCUGGCUCAUGCUUCAACAACAAGAAUAAGCUUGCGAAAGGGAAGAGGAGAGCUCAGAAUUGCCAAGAUUUAUGACAGUCCUGAGAUGCCUGAAAAUGAAGCCACCUUCGCAAUAACUGCUGGAGGAAUUGGGGAUGCCAAGGAGUAGGUGGUGAAUUGAUGCAAAUUGCUUCUUAGUGCUUAUUAGGAGCUGAAGAAAUGGAAAAGCAGUCUCCAAUUUCACAUCUUGAAAUAGAGGUUUUUUCCCACAUGUUACUAAAGAAAAGUCGGCAAAAGAGAUUUAAAUCUUAUAUUUAUCUUAAAAGUCCCUGAUUUGUGAUAACUAUACAUUGUAUGUAAAUUCAGGGAUAUGUAUAUGUAUGUUUGUGUGUGUGUGUGUGUGUGUGUGUGUACCUGACAUAUAUAGUAGAUAUACAUACCUAUUGAAAUUCUCUCUCUCUGUGUAUGUAUAUAUACCUAUGGAAAACUAGUUGUUGGGAUAGGGAUACGUGAUUCCCUCCCUUUCACUUUUCAAAGUGAGCCACUAAACAGAUAGAAAGUCUAAGAGUUCAGAAAUGUCCCAUUCUCCUAAGGACUUUCCCUUCACCAUUUUUCUAGGGUACAGUGCCACUGACUUACAGAGCUGGAUGUUUUUCCACAAGAGGAUUUAAGGGAGGAAUGUUUAUAGGACACACACACAAAAGCUCUUUCUAUUUAUAAUAUCAAACUGCAUAUUCACCUUUAUAGCAACAGAAAACAGACAUUAAGUCAAAUUUUAAAUCACUGGACUUUGACAAGCAGAAAUUACUUUUAAAAAAAUGUAUUUAUGGCUGGGCGUAGUGGCUCACACCUGUAAUCCCAGCAUUUUGGGAGGCUGAGGCAGGUGGAUCACUUGAGGUCAGGAGUUCAAGACCAGCCUGGCCAACAUGGAGAAACCCCAUCUCUACUAAAAAUACAAAAAUUAGCCAAGCGCAGUGGCAUGUGCCUGUAAUCCCAGCUACUCUGGAGGCUGAGGCAGGAGAAUUGCUUGAACCCAGGAGGCAGAGAUUGCGGUGAGCCAAGAUGGCGCCACUGCACUCCAGCCUAGGUGACAGAGUGAGACUCCAUCUCAAAAAAAAAAAACUUUUUAAAAAUGUUAAAAUUAAUUUAAAUGUAAAAUUUCUGAAUAGUAAUCUUAGAAAUGUGUAAAAGAUAUUAUUUUGAUUGUUAAACAAAAAUAAAAUCCUGUUUUCAAAA